AUGCCUCAACUUUACCGUUAUGAUAAAAAAGCAUUCACACCUCACAAACAAAUGGUAAAGCAAUUCGUCAUCAUUCUCGAGAAAAUCACCACAGUCUCUGAAAAACACGUUACCGAAGUUGCCAAUACCAUCAGGUGUUCAGAUCCAGUUUUUGAGGAAUUAUUUGGUAUUCCCUAUCCUGAAAAUGAAAAGAUUUGUUCUGUCGAUGUGGAUGGAGGUGAUAUUAAAUUAGUUUUGUAUUGGGGAACUGAGCGUGAGGGUCAUAUCAAAACUGCAAUGCCAGUUACUUUGGGAUCGUGGACUUUGUUCACCUUACUGGAUAAACAUGGCUUUGAGUUGUUGGAACAAAGAAAUUAUUUGCAAGUUAAAGAUGAGAGAUUUAAAGGAAGAAUGUUGGUAGAGAGAGUGUUUGUCAGAAAUAACGUUUAA